CUUCCUCAGCCAAGCUCCACAGCCGAGCGUGGCGAAGCAAAACAAAAGCUCCGUCGGCAGGCAGCCCCGUGUCCAAAGGCCGCCUCUAUUUGGGUUUUGGAGAGGCGGAGCUGCGCGCUGGCGGUGGGAAGGCUCAGGGCGGGUCUAGCGGGCUGCGGGGCGGGCCGAGGCUCCACUCGGCGACAGGAAGACACCGUCGCGGCCGUUUGCUCGAGUCUGGGGAAAGCCCCGGGUCGGUCGUCAGCCCCUCUGAGCUGUGCGGGCUUUGGCGGUUCUGAAUGAUGAGCGACAUAGGUUUCUGUGCUGCCACUUGGAGCCUCUUUCACUGUGGAAUGGAUUGAUAAAAGUAGCCUGGAGACUUGGCAGUAGCCUGCAGAAAAACACAAGGGCUGUGGCUUCUGGCCCUGCUCUUUCACUGGACAUUGCAGUGCAUCCCAUCUGCGAAGGAAAGACUUUCUUCACACCCUCCUUCUACUUUCUGCUGCUUUUAAUGAAGACGCCAUAGAUAUCAGCCUACCGUUCUGAUUUAGAGCACAUCACCUUCCAAGACAGAUGGUCUGUCAAAAACUGUAGGAUGCCUGCAGAGAACAUCAUAAUGAAGUAGCAAAUUGAUAGUGCUGCUGCUGCCUAAUUGUCAGGAUCAUAGCAGACAGAGCUGCACUGCCCUUUCCCUGCUUCCUUAAUCGGGUCAGAAACAGCAGGGUGGACAUGGCUGGCCUCGUUAACAACCUGCUAAUAUUGUUCCUUAUUUUUCAAAACAGCUGUUUGGCUUUCAGAAGCCCCCUUUCUGUCUUUAAGAGGUAUAAGGACACUCCUAGGUCUCAUUCUAAUGAAUGCCUUGGCAGCAACAAACAGCUGGUUCCACUAGGUUUAUCAGAUUUUGCGUUGGACAUUCGCAUGCCUGGAGUGACGCCUAAGCAGUCUGAUACCUACCUCUGCAUGUCUCUGCGUUUGCCAGUGGAGGAGGAAGCCUACGUAGUUGACUUCAAACCUCAUGCUAGCAUGGAUACAGUCCACCACAUGCUGCUCUUUGGAUGUAACAAUCCUGCUUCAGAUGAAGAUUACUGGGACUGUGAUGGGGGAACAUGCUUGGACACAUCUAACAUUUUGUAUGCUUGGGCCAGAAAUGCUCCACCAACAAGACUACCAAAAGGUGUUGGAUUCAAAGUUGGAGGAGAGAAGGGUAGCAAAUACUUUGUGCUCCAAGUGCAUUAUGGGGAUAUUAGUGCAUUUAAAGAUAAACACAAAGACUGUUCUGGUGUCACUUUACAUCUGACUAAUCAAAAGCAGCCUAUGAUUGCUGGCAUGUAUCUUAUGAUGUCAGUCUCUACUGUUAUACCACCAGGGGGGAAAGUGGUUGAUGCUGAUAUUGCUUGCCAUUACAAACUGUACCCAAUGCACCUGUUUGCCUACAGAGUACACACCCAUCACUUAGGCAAAGUAGUAAGUGGAUAUAGAGUUCGAGAUGGCCAAUGGACGCUGAUUGGCAGGCAGAGUCCUCAGUUGCCACAGGCAUUUUACCCUGUAGAAAACCCUGUAGAAAUCAAGUAUGGAGAUACUCUGGCAGCGAGAUGUGUCUUUACUGGUGAAGGCAGAACUUCAGAAACAUACAUAGGGGGUACAUCAAGUGAUGAAAUGUGUAAUUUCUACAUUAUGUACUACAUGGAAGCCAAACAUGCUGUCUCAUACAUGACCUGUACACAGAACAUAAACCCAGAGAUGUUCAGAAGCAUACCACAGGAGGCAAAUAUUCCAAUUCCUGUCAAGCCUGAUAUGACCAUGAUGGCCCAUGGGCACCAUGAAGAAGCUAAAAAUGGAGUCAUGGGUUCCAUAAUGCAGCAGCCAAAAAGAGAAGAGGAGGAGGUUUUAGAUCAGGGUGAUUUCUAUUCACUCAUUUCCAAGCUGCUAGGAGAAAGGGAAGAUGUUGUUCAUGUGCACAAAUAUAAUCCAACAGAAAAGGCAGAAUCAGAUCUUGUAGCUGAGAUUGCUAAUGUAGUCCAGAAGAAGGAUCUUGGCUGGCCAGAUGCCAGAGAGGUUUCCAGUAACGAUGAAAGGGCCAAUACCAUUCUUGUCAGAGACAGAAUUCACAAAUUUCACAGAUUAGAAUCCACCUUGAGGCCACCAGAGAACAGGCAUCUUGCUUUACAGCAACCUAAACAUGGUGAAGGGAACUGGGAAAAAGAACGCACAGGAGGUUUAAACAUAGAAGAAGUUGUUGACUGGCCAGGAAUAAACCUCAAACUGGGCCAGGUUUCUGGGCUGGCCCUGGAUCCUAAUAGUAACUUGGUCAUCUUCCACAGAGGUGAUCACAUAUGGGAUUCAAACUCAUUUGACAGUAGUUAUGUUUAUCAACAAAAAGGACUUGGACCUAUUAAAGAGAGCACUAUUCUUGUAGUAGAUCCAAGUAAUUCAGUAGUACGGCACUCUACAGGAAAAAAUAUGUUUUAUUUACCGCAUGGCUUAAGUAUAGAUAAAAAUGGCAACUACUGGGUGACUGAUGUAGCUCUUCAUCAGGUCUUCAAACUGGCAUCACAUGGUGUGGAAUCUCCUUUGUUGACGUUGGGAAUGGCUUUGCAACCUGGGAGCGACAAUAACCACUUUUGCCAGCCAACAGAUGUGGUUGUGGAUCCGCAUACUGGCAGUAUUUACAUUUCUGAUGGCUACUGUAACAGUCGUAUUGUUCAAUUCUCUCCAAGCGGAAAAUUUAUCAUGCAGUGGGGAGAAGAGACUUCUGUAGGUCAAGCUAAACCAGGCCAGUUCAGCAUCCCCCACAGCUUAACACUGGUGUCUGAUUUUGGUCAACUGUGUGUAGCAGACAGAGAGAAUGGUCGGAUUCAGUGUUUUAAGCCAGAAACUGGGGAGUUUAUGAGAGAGAUCAGUCAUCCACAGUUUGGAAGAGAAGUAUUUGCUGUUUCCUAUGCUCCAGGUGGUCUGCUGUUUGCAGUUAAUGGAAAGCCUUACCCUGGAGACACAGAGCCGCUGCAAGCAUUUGUGAUGAACUUUUCAACUGGAGAAAUCAUUGACACUUUCAUUCCACUUAGAAAGAGUUUUGAGAUGCCGCACGACAUUGUGGGUUCAGAAAACAGAACGGUCUACAUUGGUGAUGCGCACACCAACGUGGUAUGGAAAUUUACAUCCACAGAAAAAAUGGAGCAUCGGUCUGUUAAAAAGGCUGGGAUUGAAGUACAGGAAGUAAAAGAGGCUGUUAUAGAAGCCAAAUUGACAAACCAACCCAUGUCAAAGGAGUCAUUAAUGAAAGAGAAAGAUCAUCAUGUGGUCCAACAGGCCGGCACUGGAGUUUCUUUUGUCCUUAUCACAACACUUCUAAUUAUUCCUCUUGUUGUCCUCUUGGCAAUUGCGGUAUUUAUUCGGUGGAGAAAGACAAGACUCUACAGAGCUGAUGCUGAACAUAAACUUGAUUCAAAUUCAGGGAGACUCCUGGGCAGAUUUAGAGGCAAAGGAAGUGGCGGCCUUAACCUGGGGAACUUUUUUGCAAGCCGUGCAGGCUACAGUCGGAAAGGGUUUGACCGACUUAGUACUGAAGGGAGUGAUCAAGAAAAAGAUGAGGAUGAUGCCACAGACUCCGAAGAAGAAGAACCUGUGCCUCCACCUCCAGCGAUACCCCCAUCUUCCUGAAACCAGCCUUUGAUUUCUACAUUGUAUGAUUCUGCAGAGAUUGCCAGAUUUAGCACGUUUUAAAUUUUGUGUAUUUAAUUGUAACCUGUACUAGUCUAUUGUGAGGCUGUACACAACAUUUUUCUUUUCUUUUUGUUCCCCUUUUCUUUCGUUCUUUUCCUUUCAGUUUGGUUUGGGGAUGUGAACAUUUCAUAUCAGUGCCAUUGUCUUAUGUGAACCUUUAAUAAAGCAGAACGGUCCCAUUUUAAUUGCAGUAAUGAUUUUAAAGUAGUAGUAUUUGCUCCUUUUAGUUGGGUACCUUCUCUAUAUUUGUAAAUAAGUCCCAGACUCUGCUUUUAAGAACAUAAUUUUCAGUUUCCAGUUUUUUCUUUUGUGCCUUUUCACUUCAAUGCCUGUUCUGUAACCUAUCACAGGACAGAGAGAAUACAGUGCCACAGAGAAAUAAAGCUGCUAAACCCCCUAUUUUUAAAAAUAAUAAUCACUGGCAUUAUGUUGCUUUGAGGGAAAUAUUUUAAAAGCCUCUAUUUAAAAUGGUUUUUCUUCUUCCUCCUGACUUUGUGUGUUUCCAGGGAUGUCUUAUUUUUAGAUGGUUACACUGUUAGGACACUAUUUUCAGAAGCUGAAUGUAAUUUGUGUAAUAAAGUGUUCGCAGAGCAUUA